UUUUAAAUAUUAAUUUUUUAUUUUAUAAAAUAGAUUAUUUUCUAAAUAUAUUAUUUUUAAUUUAAAAUAAAAAAUACUACGUAAGUACUUGUUUUAACGUCAACACACCAUAAAUCCCUUCAGAAUUUUCGGAAUUUAAAAUAAUUUCCCCCAUCGCGUUGCCUCAAAGCGCAGGACUCGAAAGAAGGAAGAGAGAGAGAGAGAGAGAGAGAGAGAGAGAGAGAGGAUAUGGGUUCAUCGUGCAAGGAUGACAGGGAGGAAGUCCUAGAGGCAUGGUACAUGGAUGAUAGCACCGAAGACCAGAGACUUCCUCAUCACCGGGAACCCAAGGAAUUUGUCUCUCUAGACAAGCUUUCUGAACUUGGAGUACUCAGCUGGCGGUUGGAUGCUGAUAACUAUGAAGCAGAUGAGGAAUUGAAGAAAAUUCGUGCGGAACGUGGAUAUUCCUACGUGGACUUCAUUGAGGUUUGCCCAGAGAAGCUGCCAAAUUAUGAGGAGAAAAUCAAAAACUUUUUUGAAGAACAUCUUCAUACAGAUGAAGAGAUCCGCUACUGCUUGGCUGGAAGUGGUUAUUUUGAUGUGAGGGACCGCAAUGAUGCUUGGAUCCGUGUCUGGGUGAAGAAAGGGGGAAUGAUUGUCCUGCCUGCCGGAAUUUAUCACCGCUUUACGCUUGAUUCAAACAACUAUAUAAAGGCCAUGCGGCUUUUUAUUGGUGAUCCAAUUUGGACUCCUUUCAAUCGUCCUCAUGAUCAUCUACCUGCAAGGAAAGGUUAUCUCGAAACCUUUGUGCAGAAGGAUGCUGCCAGCCCUGCUGUCGAUGCUGCAGCUUGAACAUCCAAAAUCUUGGUUUUGUUCUCAGAAACCGAUAUGGCUUCUUGUCAAACUAUAAGAAUAGUAAAAAAAAAGUACUCGUACAAUAAAGAGUUUGUGACUCUAACGAACAUAUAUUGGCCUGUGGAACUGUAUGCUUAUACUUUGUUGGAAUGCUUACUAGGGUUCUAUGUAUAAAUGGUGUUAUGUUUCACUAAUGCUUGUAUUUGAAGUACCAUGUUUGGGUACCAUUUUAU